UAAUCUUAUGUAUGUAAAACCCUGUUACGAUGUCGGCGACGGGGCCCAUCAGUAACUAUUACGUGGACUCGCUCAUCUCUCACGACAAUGAAGACCUCCUAGCGUCCAGGUUUCCGGCCACCGGGGCUCACCCGGCCGCCGCCAGACCCAGCGGCUUGGUGCCGGACUGUAGCGACUUUCCGUCCUGUAGCUUCGCGCCCAAGCCGGCCGUGUUCAGCACGUCGUGGGCGCCCGUGCCCUCCCAGUCGUCCGUGGUCUAUCACCCCUACGGCCCCCAGCCCCACCUCGGCGCCGACGCGCGCUACAUGCGGACUUGGCUCGAGCCGCUGUCCGGCGCCGUCUCCUUCCCCAGCUUCCCGGCCGGGGGCCGGCACUACGCCCUCAAGCCCGACGCCUACCCCGGGCGCCGCGCCGACUGCGGCCCGGGUGACGGCCGCAGCUACCCGGACUACAUGUACGGCUCGCCCGGGGAGCUGCGCGACCGCGCCCCGCAGGCGCUGCCCUCGCCCGAGGCGGACGCGCUGGCCGGCAGCAAGCACAAAGAGGAGAAGGCCGACCUGGACCCUAGCAACCCCGUGGCCAACUGGAUCCACGCCCGCUCCACAAGGAAGAAACGCUGCCCCUACACCAAGUACCAGACGCUGGAACUGGAGAAGGAAUUUCUCUUCAAUAUGUAUUUAACCAGGGACCGUCGGUACGAGGUGGCCCGUGUUCUCAAUCUCACUGAGCGGCAGGUCAAAAUCUGGUUUCAGAACCGGAGGAUGAAGAUGAAAAAGAUGAAUAAAGAGAAAACCGACAAGGAGCAAUCCUAAGCCCUGCCCCAGCCUCCUGCCUCCGCACAGCCAAGGAAAACACAAAAACCCCUCAAAAAUGUCCCAACCCAGGUGGGAGAGAGCACGAAAAGAAAAGGAAAGAGCAAGAUAGAGAAAAGCCCACCGUCUUAAAAAAGAAAAACAGAGAGGGGAAAAUGCAAACUCUGGCAAUGUGGGAGGGUUAAGUGUUGAGAAAUUGGUGUUUAGAGUUAGUUCUAUCCAGCGAGGAGGAGGCAGGAGAGAAACGGCGUCUCUUCCCCCAGCGAAACUGAAAUAAAUG